GAAACAUACAUUUAUAGCAAUGACGGUAUCGUCUAAACUGGUCGAAGUACCAAAAUCCGGAUUUUCUUCAAUCCCGGUUAUAGAUAUCUCUGACCCGGAAUCCAAACACGACAUGGAAAAAGCCUGUGAAGACUUUGGAUUCUUCAAGGUGAUCAACCAUAGCGUUUCUUCGGAGCUAGUCUCUGUUUUGGAUCACGAGGCCGUCGAGUUCUUCUCAUUGCCUACGUCCCAGAAAACCCAAGUCGCAGGUUAUCCCUUUGGAUACGGGAAGAGAGCGAUUGGUCGCAGUGGGGACGUUGGUUGGGUUGAGUACUUGUUGAUGAAUGCUAAUCUUGAUUUCGGUUCCCAUCCAUUCCCUCCGGGUCUCUUGCAAAACCCCGAAACUUUCAGGUUGGACUCGACGUGAUUUUUUUAAUAAUGAUUAAGAGGUUUUGGGUUUUUGUCAAUACUUUUCCUAGGGCAAAACUUAAGAGCAUGUAAAAAGAGUACACUUUUCUCAACCGAAAUCGAACAUUAUGAUCUUUAUUAAGUGAUCGAAGAGUUUUAGCCAUUAUGUCAUAUCUUUGUUGGUGUUGUCCAUGUUCCGUCUCUUUCUAGUUCAUUUUUUUCCUCUGUUUAGAGUUCAUGUUCCGUCUUUUUCUUUGUCUGUUUGUUUGUUACUUUUAUAGUAUAAUGUAAUGUUAUGUGACUCCAUCUUUUUCACUGUUUCCCGUUUUAAAACUCACAGUCAACUCUUCUUCUUUUUUCACACUCGACUCUCGUUCUGGAGAAUGCAUUGUUGGAGUACACAAAAUCAGUGAGGAAAAUGACAUGCGAUGUUUUGGAGAUGAUGACUGAUGGGUUAGGGAUCAAACCGAGGAACACACAUAGCAAGCUUGUCUCUGGUGAAAACACUGACUCCAUAUUCAGGCUUAAUCACUAUCCACCAUGCCCUCUUAUCAACAACAAUAAUACCAAUGGUAGCAACAUUGUGAUCGGUUUUGGCGAACACACCGAUCCUCAGAUCAUCUCUGUCUUAAGAUCUAAUAACACUUGCGGUCUCCAAAUCAAUCUAUCUGACGGCUCCUGGAUUUCUGUCCCUUCAGAUCCCUCCUCCUUCUUCUUCAACGUCUCCGACUCUCUCCAGGUGUUGACAAAUGGGAGGUUUAAGAGCGUUAAGCAUAGGGUAUUAGCGAACAGCAGGAAAUCUAGGGUUUCUAUGAUUUACUUCGCUGGACCUUCGUUAACUCAGAGAAUCGCUCCCUUGACUUGUCUCAUUGACAAUGAAGACGAGAGUUUGUACGAAGAGUUCACUUGGUCUGAAUAUAAAAACUCUACCUAUAACUCUAGAUUGUCUGAUAAUAGGCUUCAGCCAUUUGAAAAGAAAGCUGUAUCAUUGAAUGAUUGAUAGGUUAUGUUCGUGAUUUGUUGUUCUUAGUG